GGGUUUGGGGGGUCCCGGGGGGGGGGGUUGGGGGGUGCGCUGGGGGUCGCCGCCCCCCCCUGACGCUGGGGGGGGUGCAGGGGGAGCUGCGGAUCAGCGUGCUGCCCGCCUACCUCUCCUACGACGCCCCGUGGCCCGUGCGCAAGAUCCCGCUGCGCUGCACCGCGCACUACGUCGCCUACCACGUCGAGUCCAAGGUCUACGCGGUGGCACCAGCAGCAGCAACCCCUGCACCCGCAUCCCCCCGCAUGACGGGCGAGGAGAAGGAGUUCGAGAGCAUCGAGCGGGACGACCGCUACAUCCACCCGCAGCAGGAGGCCUUCUCCAUCCAGCUCAUCUCCCCGGUGAGCUGGGAGACCAUCCCCAACACCCGGAUCGAGCUGGAGGAGUGGGAGCACGUCACCUGCAUGAAGACGGUGUCGCUCAAGAGCGAGGAGACGGUGUCGGGGCUCAAGGGCUACGUCGCCGUCGGCACCUGCCUCAUGCAGGGCGAGGAGGUCACCUGCCGCGGCAGGAUCCUCAUCAUGGACAUCAUCGAGGUGGUGCCGGCGGGGCAGCCCCUCACCAAGAACAAGUUCAAGGUCCUGUACGAGAAGGAGCAGAAGGGGCCGGUCACCGCCCUCUGCCACUGCAACGGCUACCUGGUCUCCGCCAUCGGCCAGAAGAUCUUCCUGUGGAGCCUGAAGGACAACGAGCUGACGGGCAUGGCCUUCAUCGACACCCAGCUCUACAUCCACCAGAUGAUCAGCGUCAAGAACUUCAUCCUGGCGGCCGACCUCAUGAAGAGCAUCUCGCUGCUGCGCUACCAGGAGGAGAGCAAGACCCUCUCCCUCGUCAGCCGGGACGCCAAGCCCUUGGAGGUCUACAGCGUGGACUUCAUGGUGGACGGCACCCAGCUGGGCUUCCUCGUGUCCGACCGGGACCGGAACCUGCUGGUCUACAUGUACCUGCCCGAAGCCAAGGAGAGCUUCGGGGGGCUGCGGCUGCUGCGCCGGGCGGAUUUCCACGUGGGCGCCCACGUCAGCACCUUCUGGCGCACCCCCUGCCGCGGGGCCGGCGACGGCGCCCGGAGGAGCAGCGCCUGGGACAGCAAACACAUCACCUGGUUCGCCACGCUGGACGGGGGUGUGGGGCUGCUGCUGCCGAUGCAGGAGAAAACCUACCGGCGGCUGCUGAUGCUGCAGAACGCGCUGGGCACCGUCCUGCCCCACCACGCCGGGCUCAACCCCCGCGCCUUCAGGCUGCUGCAGGCGGAGCGCCGGUCUCUGCAGAACGCGGUGCGGAACGUUCUGGACGGGGAGCUGCUGGGGCGGUUCCUCUACCUGAGCGCCAUGGAGCGGGGGGAGCUGGCCAAGAAGAUCGGCACCACCCCCGACAUCAUCCUGGAGGACCUGCUGGAGAUCGACCGGGUGACGGCUCACUUCUGAGACACCCCCCGCGCCCCACAAGUGCCUCCCCCCGCCCCACAAGUGCCCCCCCCCCCCCCUCCCCCCCCCCUUGGUAAAGAGCGGGGUCUCCCAGCGCCGCCUGCGGGGGUUUAUUGGGGCGGGGCCGCCCCUCACGCGCGCAGGAGCCGCGCGAGCUGCCGGCCCUGGGGCACGAGCCCGCACGAGCCCAGCAGCCGCAGGAGCGAGGCCGCCAGGCGCGUGGAGAGACUGCCCAGCCUGGG